UCCUAGCUUUAUGCUAUAUCAGCUCCAAGUUCCAAGUGAAAAAUCAAAACAAAGUAUAGAGAGAGAAAAAAUAAAAUGGGGAGAUCUCCUUGCUGUGAGAAAUUGGGGUUGAAAAGAGGUCCAUGGAGCAAAGAAGAAGAUUAUUUACUCAUCAAUUACAUUAAAAAGAAUGGUCAUCCUAAUUGGCGUGCACUUCCAAAACUUGCAGGUCUAUUAAGGUGCGGAAAAAGUUGUAGGCUUCGAUGGACUAAUUACUUGAGACCUGAUAUUAAGCGAGGCAAUUUUACUCAUCAAGAAGAAGAUACAAUUAUCAAGUUGCAUCAAGUUCUUGGAAACAGUUGGUCUGCUAUUGCAGCAAGAUUACCCGGAAGAACAGAUAACGAAAUAAAAAACAUUUGGCAUACUCGUCUGAAGAAAAAAAGGAAUGAAUCUCAACUUAAAGAAACCCAAUCGGAGCCUGAAAAUACUAAUGUAGAUGUACAUUUGGAGGAGGCCAACAAUUCUAAUGAUAAACAUUCCGAAAUAUCGAAUCUUAAAAUAAACAUCGAAAUCCAACAACAACCAAGUCCAUCAUCGUCAGUAUCAUCAUCAAGUGAAGAUUCAUGUUCAAAUACAACUGCAACGAGUUCAGAGUCGAGAAAUCAAAUAAUGUCCGAUAAUUUGUUAGAAAUUGAUGACGAUAUUUGGUCCGAGGUAGUAUGGGCACAAGUCGAUGACAAUUAUGUUGAUUUGUCAUUAAUGGAGGAUAAUUACCACAUUAAUUCUAGCUUUGAUGAUAAUUGGUUUUGGGAUGAUCUUUUUACAAGAUCUAAUGAGUUGAUGUUAGAAUUGCCUGAAUUAUGAGCAACAAAAAAAAAAAGGAAAAAAAUGUUGAGUUCUUUUUUUCUCUUUUUUUUUUCGGCGUAGAAUUAUUAAUAAAUAGUGUGGAGGGGUUUUUUUUUUUAAUGUUAAUGGCCGACAGAUUAGUGAUAAUAAAUCAUUAUUAGUUGGAUGAUUGAUAAAAUUUCGAUGAUAUUACACGCA